CGAAAACUCCAUUUUUAAGGUUAACGAAAGUUGACCCGCGCUAAUUGAAUUGUCAUUAAACUCGCAAUCAGCUCUCCAGGAGCACCGCGGUUGUCAUCUCGGAGCGUGCCGGCUGCUCCCGCUGAUCGCGGCGACCGGGCAGCGCCUUGCUCGCGGCUCGCGGCUCGCGGCCGUGUGAGGUCAACGUUGCGUCACUCGGAUUUCAAGGUGAGUUCCAUUACUCGCGACAACGCCAAUCCCCGUUCGUCAAUUUUGACUUCGCCGUCUCUCUCUGUCUCUCUCGCUGACGUCGGUCGUCUUCAGCGCCGCUGCCCGAGUCCGAAUCGUGAACCGUCAUUGCCCGACAGUCCGACGAAUCGCCCAACCUCUAUCACCUUAUCAAUCUUAUCGCCAUCUCUAUCCGCUCUCGUACCUCUCUCCCUCGGUUCGGCCCCCUGUCUUUGGUGCGUGUCGCUUUUCCGACGAUCGGUCCACCUGUGUGCUCCUUGUGAAAAGUGAAAUUGUGUGCCUGUUUCGGAUACCUUUGAAAAUAAUCGAUUGCUCUGGGCCAUUAAAUUAGAUAUGACGGAGGCGCAAGCGGAGCUUUGAUCGAGGAGCCGAGAGUUGGGAGCCGGAGCGGCGCACCGAGUCCUCACUUCCGUUAUCCUUGGAAUAUGUGAACAGCAGUCCAUUGCUCACCGCUCAACUCAUCGGGCGUCUCGUUAAUUGCCCACCGUCAUUGCCACCGCCACCACUGCCGCCACCGCCGCCGCAGUCGCUGGGCCCAACCGUCAACUCGGAGCGCCUCCCGUUCCGCGCGCCGCAACCCGCAACGCCCUCGAAAAUGGGGCUCAGGCUCGCUUUUCUCCUCGGUCUGGCCGCCCUGCUCCGUGCUGAGCUCGCCGAGGAACCCACCUGUCCCGAGGAGGACGACUGCGACUGUCAUUACUUCAGGAUCAAUUGGGUUACCGACUGCUCGGAGAGUAACCUCACCUACAUCCCGCACGAUGGGCUGGAUUUGAGGGUCUACGAGCUCAACAUGAACGGCAACGGGCUCAGGGAUGUCGAUCCCUUCCCGGAGGGCAUCAAGCUUCGAUCCCUCAAGUUGGCCGACAACCUCUUGACGCAUAUCAAGAAGGACACCUUUGCCGGGCUCCAAUAUCUCGUCGAUAUCGACCUCUCCGGCAACAACAUCCACACCAUCGACCCGGAGGCUUUCAAAGAUAGUCCCGGGCUGAUCAAACUGGAGAUCCAAAACAAUCCAUUGGAACUGGUUGGAGGUCCUUUCCUAGCGUCAAGGUCUCUUCUCUAUCUGUACAUGAGUGACUGUCACAUUUCAAAACUAUCUCCUCAGUUCUUCGCCAAUAUUACAACCCUCCACACUUUAGAUCUGUCUGGAAAUCCACUCCGUAUUCUGGAACCGGGUAUAUUCGACGAUCUGCGAAGCUUGGAAUCCCUGACCCUCAAUAGGUGUAAUAUCACGUACAUCUCGAAUACAGCUUUCAUUUUCUUAGAACAUUUGAAAGUGUUGGAAUUAGCGGAAAAUAAUUUGAAGAGUGUCGAAUGGCCGAUUGUGCUGGGUCCACUAGGUCGACUGGAACACCUGGACCUUCGUCACUCGGGUAUAUCCAAUUUGCCGGAGAACGCGUUCGGAAAUAACACGUGGCUAACUCGACUCAUUCUGGCAGAAAACGAGUUGACUGACUUGGAUGUGGCAACGACACUUGGCCAUAAUCUGAUCCAUUUGAGUGAGCUCGAUCUCUCCAACUGCCAUCUGAAAGGGCCUUUGUCCGAGGAUGCUUUCGCCAACGCCACUAACCUCAAAGUGCUCUACCUUGCCGGCAACCACCUAUCUGCCGCCGAUUUGGCCGUCGCUCUAGCGCCUUUGGUCAGGUUGCAAGUAUUAUCCCUCAGGAAUUGCGGCUUGACCAGAUUCCCAGCUAACACGUUCCAUCGGUUCACGUGUCUUCAGGAGCUGGACAUCUCCAGGAACCCGCUCAACGGUGCCUUCACGGCUUUGUUGUCUCCGUUGGAAACGCUCGAGCACUUGAACAUGGGCUACAGCAACUUAGAACACAUCUCCAAGAACACGUUCGAGAGGAUGACCUCCUUGAAAACUUUGAUUCUCUCCGGCAACCGGUUGAAAAGCUUAGAGUCAGGUCUCUUCCAGAAUCUGACCCACUUGAAGACUUUAGAGCUCAAUAACUGCGGUCUCGGAAGAUUGAACGAGACCGUUUUCUUCGACAACUACACCUACCCGGACUUGGAAGAAUUGAGGCUCUCCGGAAACCCUCUGGAGAUCCCAGCAUCCGGUUCGAUCUUGCCUCACCAACUGUCAAGAUUGAGGAUUUUAGACUUAAGCAACUGUAACAUCACGCACUUGACACAGAGCACUUUCCAGACGUCGAGGAACAUCACCAAGCUCAUUCUCUCUGGCAACAAGCUGUCCAACUCGGAGGACGCCUUGAAAUUCUUGGAGAUGCUUCCAUUCCUGGAGAAUCUAGACAUGAACAACAACAGCCUAUCGCACAUCUCCCCGUCCGUCUUCGGCAAGAAUUACGAGCUGAUGACGUUGAAGCUUCUAGGGAACCCAUGGAAAUGCGACUGUAAUAUCGCCGACAUGUGGGACUGGGCGUCCCAGGAGAAGGGCGAGCUGGGAGUCCUGGUCGGCUCGACGGCGUCCGUCGGCGAUGGCGUGAGCAGCUCCAAGAAGAAGCGGGUCCUCACCUGCUUCUACGACAUCAAAACAUCCCCGACGAAAGCAAAGGCGACGAGACCCGGCAGAGAACUGGCCACGGUCGCCAAUAAAACCUGGGCCAGAUACGUCAAGGAGGCCGACUGUCCGUCCACGAACAAGAUCCACAAACCGGCCAAAAUCGUGCGUGAGAUCCGCGACGUAUCCUCCCAGGCGGAGUUCGUCAAGGAGGCUCGGCUCGGGGAUCGAGCUCAGCCGUCGUGGACCCUGCUCAUCGCCGGCAGCGCCAUGCUCAUGAUGGCAGUCGUCGCUCUCUUCCUCACCGCCAGCAUGUUCUUGAAGAAGAAGCGCACUCACACGCUCAUCAAGGCCAAAACUCCCUCUCUCGACGAGGACGUGGAUUUCGCCAAAAGGGGCGUCCUCAACGAAAAGCCCCGAACACUCAGGAGAGUUGUCAAAUGACCUGAGACUCCCGCCAACUAAGCAGAACUUCAUUCACCACCAAGCUACUUUUUAAACGGAGACUUGCGUCACUCCUAUAAAUCGUAAUAGGUCAUAGGCCCAAGAGCGAAAUUACACAGGAAUAUCCACGUUUUUGGCCUUGUGCAUUUGCAGUGAUACUGAAUUGGUCUGAUGAUCGGAAUGUGAUUUAAAUAAAUUUCCAAUUAUUCAUUUAUGGUGCUCUAGAGAUUAUUAUUUUGAGGCAAAGUCAGGCUCUUGUUGCAAACUUUUAGAGAUAAUUGGAUUUAUCAUUCUCGGCUAACCUUCUUCACAAUGUGUUUUUCUUUUUCAAAUGGCACACGGCACAUGAACUGAUUGUCGCCGUAUGUUUAUUUUAUGUUAGACCACUUCUUGGUAAAGACCGAAACUGUCAAGAGUGAGCGGGUUACUACAGGAGAUGACAUUUUCAAAGGUCUUUUUGCACGUGCCAGAAAAAUUAAAAGAUUGAAGCUACUGAUACUCAGGUUAAAAUUGAAAUUCUGAUUUACACGGCAAAAUAACAAGCGAUAGACCUUCGUAGCUCACUCAUUAUUUAGGUUGGAAUCCAAUCCAUUCCGAAAAGGUAUUUAUUUCAUGAUCUGAUCGUGAGAUGGCUCAGAGAUUCGCCCUCCGACUACCGUUCUAGGAAAACGGCGAUACAGAUCUGAGUGUGAGAAUAUUAAAAGAGACUGGUGAUUGUCAUCGUUUUAUGAAUAAUUAAUUUAAGUUCCUAUUAGGUCUAAUAAUGACUCACGUUCUCCGUACUAUCCAAAUGGUAGUGGAACAUCACUUUGCUGUUACAUUCAAUGCGUUUUAUCCAUUUUAUCCUUGCUUAAAAAUGUUUUCUUUAAAAAGAAAAAAAAAUGCGCAGUAAUAAUUCGCCAAACAUGAUGCACAAACAACGAGCCAUUUACGCCAUUCAGAUAUUCAUGACACUGCAAGACGUUAGUAUGUCUGCGAUACUGAUUCAAAGACACUGAACAGUAAGAGUUAAAUAUAUAGUCUUCUCUUUCUUUAUUAUUUAUACACAUACUUGUUUAUUUUUAAAUGAGAAGUACGGCUGCAUGCGACAAUGCAGCUCGUAUUCUCUCAGCAUUUAGGAACUGAUUGUGAACUUUAAGCGUAGACUUUCAAUUAUUUAUGGUUUAAGACAAAUCACACGAUUCGAAAGCAAUUUACCAUCAAAUUCUAUCGUCUUCAUUUUUUUUGUCAGUGGUGAUUUCACUUUUUCCACUUUUCAAAUAACCACUAUUAUUUUUUUCCUAAACGAAGUUCUUUUGUCAUUUUUAUUUGAAGAUUUGCUGCGCCCUGGUCCAAACUAAAUGUGGUGAUUUUGACACGUUCUAAAUAUCACUGUGUUCAUGAAUUUGCACUGCGCUGCAUAGCUUGUAAAGUGUAUCAUAGGUCAGAGGGAAGACUAAAUUAGAUUUAACCUCUCUACUUAUUAAAAAAAAUAAUCCUCGCGAAGAAUUAUGAAUGCAGAAUUCAACUUUGUGAUAAUAUCAGAACUUGAAGUUUGGCGCAAACAUACAUGUGUGCAUUGCGCAUAUGAUGAAAUAAACUCAGUGUUCAAGUAAAGUUAAUGGCGUCAUUCAAAAAUCAGGACUGGCUGUCAUUUCAUGUUAACAUAUAGAGUGUGUCGAACUUGACAUUUAGACACUUUACAGUGAGAUGAUUUUUUUUGAAGAAGUUUGAUCCUGGCCGGAAAUAAACGACUUCUUAUUCACCUGUCGAAAAAUAUCGGGGAUUGUCAUGCAUUCCACAAAGGCUACGUGACAUAACAAGACCCUUAAGACUGUACAAUAGAAAAGUAGCGAAGGGCGUUUUUUCAUUCAUUUCCGGUCUUGUUGUUGAAAACUCAGAACAUACUAAUGUAUGUUCCUUAAUAGGAACAGUCAAAAAUACCUAUAUAAAACAUUUAAAAUUCUCUUGUGAGUUUCAAAAUCAUGGAAGCUUGAGGUAGACAAAAAAUAAAUUAUAGAGCACAACAAUUUGGAAAAGACGGAUAAGUAUAAGGUAAAUAGACCGAAGAGGUUGCAAACGUAAUUUGAAGCCUACCUCACAUUUGAUUAUAAGUCCUUAUUUAUCCAACAUAAGGUUAAGCUACAGCUAAAUUUCUGUUUUGUUUGCAUCAUCAUUUCAGCACUAUGGUGCCGUGUUUUAACAAGGGUGAUAAAAUACUUUAAUGCCUGAUAACAAGGAUACCACGAGAAUGAACAGUGGAGUUCAGAUAAUAGAUUCAAAAUCAACUCUGAUUACAACGCUUUAAUUUUGAGAAUCCAUUUCAGAUAUAAGAAAAAUGUUUACAUUGAGCAUUGAGCUCUCAUCGAGUAUAUCUUGAAUUUAUCCAUUUUACGCUAUGAAAUGUUAGCAAUGCCUCCUUAAUUGAACCAGGUAAUCAAAAACAAGUUUUGCACUCAGAGAUUUUUUAUUGUGUGAUCGGAGUCGUGUAUGAUUAGAAAACUCGGUUUUAGAAGAAUGAACAAAGUUUUUUAUUCUCUAAGUGCCCAAUUCAAGGCUUGUUUUAUAAUUUAUUGUAAUCCUUUUUUCUCAUUGUGAAAAAGUUAGUUUUUUUUUUAAUUUAUUUAUUUAAAUCUCCAUAAUCAUCACAUGCCUUAUAAAUAUUGUUUUUUGUUUUUCAUAGCAUAGAAACACAAUUGACUAUCAGCUGUAUGUUUAGCAGGGAAAAUACAAAGAAUGAUUAUUUGUUGCCCUUUUUUUCAAAUGUGUAAUCUAUGUUUAUUCGCAACAACCAUAUUUGCAAGCAUCAUGUAAGAUUGAUACAUUAUUCAAUAAUUUAUUUGAUUAUUCUUUUUCUACUCAUUCCAUGUUUCCCUUAAUCUUGUUUUGCUACCGCUAGUUUGUUUUAUAAUCAGUUAGUUUUUAAUAAAUUUGUUAGUUGUUUAAAAUAUAAAAUAAUAAGUGUUAUCUGAA